UCAGAUUUGAAACUAGGUACCAAAGUAAUUGAAGGGAAAACUAAGAUCAUUUAUGAUUUGGAGGACCAUCCAGGGCAAGUACUUGUGGAAUCGAAAGACCGCAUUACUGCUGGAGAUGGAGCAAGGGCUCACGACAUGGAAGGAAAGGCCAAGAUCUCUAACUCAACAGCUGCUACAGUCUUUAAGCUGUUGAAGGAUGCUGGUAAUUAUCUAGAGAAUUGGCUCUGCUGAGAAUAACUGAGCACACUUUGUGAAAUGAGCAUUAGGCUUAGCUUUUUUGUGUGUUAGGGUUAGUGUGUGUUAAAUGGGCAUUAGGCUUGGCUUUUAAGUGUGUCAGUGUGUGUGAAAUGAGCAUUAGGCUUGGCUUUUAAGUGUGUCAGUGUGUGUGAAAUGAGCAUUAGGCUUGGCUUUUUUGUGUGUUAGUGUGUGUGAAAUGAGCAUUAGGCUUAGCUUUUUUGUGUGUUGGUGUGUGUGAAAUGAGCAUUAGGCUUGGCUUUCAAGUGUGUCAGUGUGUGUGAAAUAAGCAUUAGACUUGGCUUUUAAGUGUGUUAUGGUCAGGCAUUGAGGUUGUUCUAUUAAAAUUAAGCCUAUGAAUGUUUGUUCUUUCUUCUUCUGUCUGACUGAGAGAUUGUAUCAUCUUGGUAUAUACAAUCUUAUGAUUAGAUAGUUGACCAUACGUUUUAAGUACAAUAUAUUGAGUUGACUGGGCAAUUAUUAGAUUUGUUGCUGUUUAUAUAAAUAAAUGUAUUGUAUAAUUAUAUAUAUAGUACUUCUGGGCCCUACUGAUUAGGUGCAUUUAUUGAAAUUCUGUUUUACGCUCUUGUAAGUAAUUUGAAGUUUUAACUGAAAUCAGUUCUUUCUAUAUCUUCCAUUCAGGUAUAAGGACUCACUUCAUAAAGCAACAUGGCGAGAGAUCUUUUAUAGCCCUCAAAUGUCAUAUGAUUCCACUUGAAUGGGUUACACGCAGAAUUGCUACUGGUUCCUUUUUGAAACGAAAUCCAGGAGUCGAAGAAGGAUAUAGAUUUAAUCCACCAAAACUGGAGACUUUCUAUAAGGUUUGUUUUAUUUUAUUACAGUUGGAUAACAAAAUCACACAUUUUAUAAGUUUCAAUUUCAUUUAUGAAUGUCUAAAUUUAGUUUACUUUUGAAAAUGUUCAGUUUAAGUUGUAAGUGUAAUUUUUUAAAAAUACUCUAGGAUUUUUUAGAUUUAAAAAAAAUAUGGACAUUUUUAAAUCCCAAGACAUGUGUAAUCUUAAUUUAGAGACAUGUUUAGGAUGAUAUUGAUGCUGAAAGGUUUAAAAACUCAAAAUUGGAGUGACAAAAUAUCUUUUGGUCCCUAAUAUUUAUGAUUUUUAGGAUGAUGCUAAUCAUGACCCUCAGUGGACAUACGAGCAGUGUGUGGCUGCAAAAAUGACAUUUGGCGGGGUCACCAUUGGACCUGACGAGUUAAAUAUUAUGGAGAAGAUGACUGUAACCAUUUUUGAGAUUCUUGAGAGAGCAUGGUCAUCUCAGAACUGCAGCUUGAUUGAUAUGAAGAUUGAAUUUGGUAUUGUUGACCAAACAGGUACUCUCCAUAGCUUCCAUCACGAGCUUUUAACUUUAUCUGGGAAAUAACUUUUCCAAUGUAUGAUUUUUACAUCCAAUAUUUUAUUAAAUUAAUCUUCGAAUGGAAUAUAUGUUGAAUCAAUCAGUUUUGGCCACUUUCACCUGUCCAACUGCAUUUGUUGAAGAUUAUGUUUGAGGAUUAUGUAAUUUUUCUUAAUGUCUGUAUAUUAUGUUCAAAAGAAUAGUAACUUGACAUUUCAAUAAAUGAUCCAUUGGUAAAUGACAUUUCCAGAGGAGCUAGUACUGGCUGACAUUAUUGACAGUGAUUCAUGGCGCUUAUGGCCUUCAGGUGACAAACGUUUGAUGAAAGACAAACAGGUGUAUAGAAACUUGCAGGAAGUAACAUCAGAAGCACUAGACACUGUCAAGCGUAAUUUUGAAUGGGUUGCAGAGAAAGUACAGGUCGGUUACAUAGUUUUCUUUUUUUCAAAUGCUUUUCUAUAGCUUGUAUUUAGAAAAGUAUCCUUAACUUUUCUUAACAAUAAUUGAAAUUUGUCCCUUUCCUUUUUAUUGUACCAAAUACCUUGCUAUAAAUAAAUUACUGUUUUCUUUUUAACAUGUUUUUAUUUUCAAUUGCUUACAAUUUUAAUUCAUUAAUAAAAUUAAAGUCUAGAGAUGACUUUUUGUGGUGUUAAUUAGAACCAUGGGUAGUAAACUUGAACACUGAAAAUAACUAUAAUUGCUAAUAGAAAUUGACCUAUAAUAAACUUAUUUCAUCUGUGCUUGAUACUCUUUUACAGCUUCUUAAUAUCAAACCCCGUGGUCGCGUGGUUGUAUUCAUGGGUUCAAGCAGUGAUAGUCAGCAGGGAGAUAAAAUUGUUUCCAUUUGCAAAUCUCUAGACAUUGCUUGUGAACUGCGUGUCACUUCAGCCCAUAAACAAACUGACCAGACCAUGAGGUUGUUAGCAGAAUAUGAAGGUUGGUCAGAUUAUUACAAUUUGAAGUGUUUAUGAAGAUACACUAUUUUUGUCCCCAAAUACUUUUUGAGAUUGCUGAUAAAAACCGUUGUUUAUUCUAAAAAAUAAAGGAAAACGACCGUUACAUGUAUAAAAAGAUGUUGGUUUAUUUAAACUUUCACAUAUAUAUUUGAAUAGCUGUUUGAAGUUGUUAGUACAGGCAUUAGGAAAGGGAUAUUGAAAGCAACAUAUUCCAGUUGGUAAGACUUGUAUGUACAGCUAUAUUUAAAUUGCUUAAUUUCUGAAAAAUGUCACGAUUUUAAUCAGUUAAUUACAAUCCAUUGACCUAUUUGUCUUAAAUUCCAGGAGAUGGUAUUCCAACUGUGCUAAUUGCCAUAGCUGGACGCAGCAAUGGACUUGGUCCAGUUUUGGCUGGUAACACGGUCUUGCCAGUCAUCAAUUGUCCACCACUGACACCAGAUUGGGGAGCUCAGGAUGUCUGGUCAAGUCUAAGGAUGCCAUCAGGUGGGUUAAUACUGAGAAAUAGCAUUGAAAGGAGAAAACUACAGAACCCUGACAUAUUGACAAAAAAAUACGAAGAAAUUUCAGGUUAUCGUAGUUUUUGGUGACUUUGUUAGAUUUUUAGAUACAUGGGAAAUUUUUAUAAUUUUGAUUUGUUAGGUUUUUUAAUCAAAAAGUGAAUUUCAGACUUCUUUUGAUCAAGACUCAUUGAUUUCAAUGUUUUAGCUAAAAUAGUAGCUAAAUAUUAUUGGAAUGCUCAUACUUAUUAAUGGCUAAUUAUGCAAUAGAUAUUUUAAUUUCUGUUUUUUACCUUGCUUAAUUUAUCAUUCAAUUUUUUUUGCUAUUUCACUCAAGGACUUGGUUGUGCAACUGUCACUGAACCAGAAGGUGCAGCUUUAGCAGCUGCUCAAAUUUUGGCCCUAACUGAACACAUGGUCUGGGCCAGGCUCAGGGCUCGUCAGCUCAACACAUGGACAGGACUGAUUGAAUCAGACAAGAAGUUACGAACUGCUAACACUGUUUAAUGUCUCAAAAACAUUUCUUGGAGGUUACAGGGAGAAAACCUUAGCUUUUUGAAAUACCAUUGAAUUUACUCAGAAUUUAAUGUUUUGUAUUACUCAAUUUUUGUUUUCCUACACUUACAUUGCCUCAGCUACGAGUUGUGCUAUUCAUUAAAUGUUAUCUCAAUAUUUAGGUCAUGGCCUCAGCUAGAGUUCUGCUAUUCAUUGGAUGUUAUCUCAAUAUUUAGGUCAUGGCCUCAGCUAGAGUUCUGCUAUUCAUUGGAUGUUAUCUCAAUAUUUAGGUCAUGGCCUAAGCUACAAGUUAUGCUUUUCAUUGGAUGUUAUCUCAAUAUUUAGGUCAUGGCCUCAGCUACAAGUUGCACUAUUGAUAGGAUGUUAUCUCAAUAUUUAGAUAAUAAAAUCAAAUGAAUAAUAUAAGAAUUAUUUAAUAACUGUUUUUUGAAUUUCUUAAAACUUAUUUACAAAGAUUUAUAAUUGGCAAACAAUUACAAUUAGCUGCAAGAAGUUUUGAGAAAAUUAUAUUCAAUAUCUUGGUUACUUAACUGUUAAUGAAUGCAGCUAAAUCCAUGUUUGUCAUUAAGGUGGCAGUAAUUAAUUUCUUCAAUUAUGUUCAUGUAGUAUGUAGUUUUUAUAACUUCAAUUUUGGCUACAAUAAUUUGUUUCUUCUAUCAGUUAUUCGGCUUCUCUAAGGAUAGUUAUUUUUCUCCUGUCAAUAACUAAUAGGCUAUGUAGUGUAAGUUGUGUAGUGUAAGUUGUGUAAAGUGCUCAUUGGAGCUUUGUUAUGAAAUUUCUGGAAAAUUUACUGAGAAUGUUUCAAAUGGAUUCAUUUUGUUGUACAUACAUUUCCGAAUGAUUAAGGGGAUGUAUAUUUUUUUAUAAGCAUUUACGUACAUUUUUUUUGUUAUUAUCUUUGUUAUGAAUAAAUAUGAAAUUAAAA